AUGAGGCACGACUUCAACAAUGACGCGGUUGAAAUUGACUACUUGGAAGUCUUUGAAAUCUUGGAUGAGCGUCCUCUUGGCAACGGCAUGCUGCCGAAUUUGCUGACUAGUGCUCACGUCGCCAGGGGCACCGAAAACAUGGCCUGGGACGAACAGAUGUAUCAUAUCUCCGCCGAUGCCGUCGCCUCUAGCUUCCCCUCUUCCUCCUCCACCUCCCAUCAGGAUAUCCUCUAUAUGCGACAGUUUAUAAGCGCACAUCUUUUUUGCGGAUCCCGCGUACCCGGUCCUAUUGUCCCCAGCAGACCCUCCAGCCCCCUGGCUCUGGUCUUUCGCAGCGAUAACGAAGGCACGGGCCUGGGCUUCCAACUGAACUUUCGGUUCAUCCCCCAGCACCGACUGAGCCCCGCUUCACAUUCCAUGCCAGGUAGAAAAAUGCAAAUGCCCCCCGCCCCCCCCCUUAUCUCUAAAAUUAUCAAUCAUUUUUGGUAG